UGCAAAAUACAAUUUGAACCUUAGAAAAGGUAAGAGAAAUAGAUAUCCAUUGUAGGUAAGUGUAUGGGGCAAAAUUUCUUAAUAAUUGACAUAGGAACUUUAGGAUAUUCAAAUCUCUGAAUUUUUUGCUGACAUUACCAACGAAAGUUUUUAACACGAACAUGUCGACACAGAUUUGAAUCCGUAACUCUUGAUUCCACGUGGACUUUUUAGCCAAAUGUAUGUUAGAAAGCUGAGUUGGCAGCCUUAACAUUGUUAAUUAACAAAAGAGAGAGAGAGAGAGAGAGAGAGAGAGAGAGAGAGAGAGAGAGAGAGAGAGACAUAUAGACAUUCUUGCAUCCCCCCAAGGAAACUCCCCACGCGCCCAUCCAAAAAGCGCGUGAUGUCCAUAAAAGAAAUAAUAAAACCCCUUCUCUUCCUUUAUUCAACAAACAAAAACAGACUUAUUCCUCUGUUCCUUCCCCCCCCCCCCCCCCCCCCCCCCCCUCCGGUUUCUUCUUCCUACCUCACAACAAUGCACGCCAAAUCCUACUCCGAAGUCACGAGCGUCGACCAAUCCUCGCCGGCGCGAUCGCCGCGGCGUCCACUGUACUACGUGCAGAGCCCGUCUAACCACGAUGUCGAGAAAAUGUCUUACGGGUCCAGCCCCAUGGGUUCACCGCCGCACCACUUUUACCACGCUUCUCCAAUCCACCAUUCUCGUGAGUCAUCCACUUCGCGAUUCUCUGCUUCGCUUAAGAGCAACCAAAAUCGGAAUGGGAAUGUUUCGGCUUGGAGAAAGCUUCACCUUGCUGAGGAUUCGGAUGAUGAUGAUGAGGAAGACGAUGGGGACGAGGAAAACGAAGAUCGGGAUUCCAAAUGGAAUCGAAAGUUUCGAUUGUACUUGAUUUUGUUUUUGUUUUUUGUCCUUCUUUUUACUGUCUUUUCCCUCAUCCUUUGGGGCGCUAGCAAAUCCUUCCAUCCUCAAAUCCUUAUACAGAGUAUGGUGUUCUCGAAGUUUAACGUACAAGCAGGGAGUGAUCCGGGGGGUGUAGCAACGGAUCUGAUGUCAUUAAAUUCAACGGUGAGGAUUAGCUACAGAAAUCCUGCCACGUUUUUCGGUGUCCACGUCAGCUCCACUCCAUUUCAGCUCCACUAUUUCCAGCUCCAAAUUGCUUCCGGCCAGAUGGAGGAGUUUUAUCAAAAAAGACAAAGCUCUCGAAGGAUGGUGACAUCGGUGGCAGGGCAUCAGGUCCCGCUCUAUGGCGGGAUCUCAGCAAUAGGGAAUUGGCGAGACCAACGGCAGGACGGGGUUGGGGUCGAGGUAUCGCUUAACCUCACGGUGGCUGUGAGAUCUAGAGCUUACAUUCUAGGGAGGUUGGUGAAGUCUACAUUUCAUACAACAAUUACAUGUCCUAUCACUCUUAGCACCAAGAAACUUGGAAAAUCUCACUCUUUCAAUAAUACUUGCACUUAUAAUUGAACUUCCCAUCAUUCUCCUAAUUUUGGACUUUCCUUUUCUCUUUUUUCUCUUUUUACAAAUUUUGGGUAAGAUUUCAUGUGAUUUAUAUGUAUUGUGUAAGUAUUUUCAAAUACUAUGAAUUUUUUGUUGCCUUUUUAAAUAUUUUUUUCUACUUUUUUUGUUUGUAUCUAAACUUUAUAUAUAUUCUUUGCUUCUUUUUUC